AUGAACAAUGAAGAUGUGUUACCUUAUUACACUGCCAGCAGCUCCUGUUCGAUGGGUGUGUUCAGUACCUCCAUGGGAGAUCUACAGCGACAUCUGUAUAAGGGUGGAGAGUAUGACAUGUUUAAGUAUGCACCAGUGUUUGAGAGCAACUUUAUCCAGAUUAGCAAAAAAGGCGAAGUGAUUGAUGUACAUAAACGUUUUCAAAUGGUGACUGUGGGCAUUGCAUCUACCAGCCCAGUCCUCCCCCUGCCAGAUGUCAUGUUGGUGGCCCGGCCAGCUAGAGUCUAUGGAAACCAUAAAGGGUAUAGCCGACCCACCAAAAGGAGAGGUCGCAAGGCCACAGAGACCUUAGAGCUUACCAGGCUCCUUCCCUUGAAGUUUGUCAGGAUCUCUCUACACGAUCGAGAAAAACAGCAACUGCGCCUGAAGCUUGCCACUGGCCGUACCUUUUACCUGCAGCUGUGCCCCUCUUCAGAUGCACAUCAGGAACUCUUUUGCUGUUGGGAAAAACUAGUCCUUCUCCUGAGGCCAAGAAUGGAGAGCAGUACCCAAUCCAUCCAAACUGGGGAUUUAACAAAUACAUCUGUAUGCUUGACAGAUGACAAUAAAAACACAGUGACUGCAGAUCUCUGUGGAGAAGGGGAUUGGGAUGAAGGCAGGCUUUACAAGUUCCAAGAGGUUUCUGGAGCUACCUCUUCUGCUUAUGCGGGAGGAGAAAGAAUUAGAAUCCAACCUUCUCGUGGAAUGCCUGGUACCUCUUCAACAGCCCUGAACUCGCCAGGGUCUGCCAAAAGAGCAGCAGUGACAGAGGUGGCAGCAGGUCCCACACAGGGAGCAGCAGUAGCAGGGUCAGUAGAAGGUCUGUCAAUGGGAGCAGCAAUAGCAGGGGUGGUAGCAGGUUCCACAGCAGGAGCAACAACAGCAAGAUCAACAGCCAGCUCCACAAUGGGAGCUGCAGUAGCUGGGACAACAGCAGGCCAUUCAGAAAGCACCAUAAGUAUUGCAAUCACCAAGGCCUCAGGAUCAGCACAGUCAAAUGUGGCCCUGGCAGGAGUAGUCACAAAGAGUCCAAGAGUGAGUAGAAGACCCAGCAAGGCCAUAGCAGGUACUGCCAGUGUGCCCGCAGAGAGUGCUAACAUGGUGUUGGAAAGUGCUACAAGCUCAUCUGCAGAGGGCAGUUCCACCCAAUCAACAGUGGCAACCAGUUACUCCCCAGGAAGCAGCAUGAACAUGGUAUUUGAAGGAGUAACAACCAGCAGACUUACUGCAGAGAAUGCUGAAUUACCCCUGCUCUUGACCUUGAAAAGUGAAGGCUACAUGAGUGAGCGAGCUGGAAGACAGAGGGUGUCCAAGCCUAAUACUGAAGUGGAGAAGGAAAAAAGGGGAAGAAGAUCAAAGAGGGACAAAAAUCCCCCUAGGAGAAGUUCUCAUCACCAUAGGAAAGGUAGGGACAAUUCUCAUCACCGCAGGAAAGGCGGGGACAAAUCAUCCCGGAAGUCAUCCUCCCACAGGUCCUUAGCCAACUGUGGAACCAGGAGGGAGGACAAAAAAGAGAAAAGUCAUAGCAGCACAAAAGGCAGAAGACAGGGGGCCUCCUUUCAAAAAAGCAUAAGCCACAGUCCCACCUCAGAGGAGACGAGGACAACUCAGAAACUGGGGCGGACCCAAUCUGCAGCUAGUAGCUCAGCUUCAGUAGGUAAGGAGUCCAGCAGGAUUAGUUCGUUCUUCAGGAGCUUCAGAGCUACUCCUGCUUCAAGAGCAGCGAUUACAUCUCGUGAGAGAGAGUUGGACAUUGUAGCCAAGACUGUGGAGAGGCGCACCAUUGAGUCCAACUUGGAGACAGCACGUGAACAUGUCCAGGAUGUGGAGAUCACUGGUACCUUGACAUCUGAGACAACAGAGACAAUCUUGGCAUCUAAGGCCACUUAA